CGCUGUGGUGUUGAAAUCACAAACAUGAUGAGAGUCCUGCUGCUCACCAGUCUUCUCCUAACAGGUGCGAGGUGCAAAAAGGACGUGUUUGUGUACAGCACAGUUGGAGGAGACGCUCUUCUUCCAUGCAUGGUGUCCUCAGACUGCUCCGCCAUCUCCUGGACCUUCUUUAACAAAGGCACAGACGUACGGUUCGUCCAUGAGGUCGUCAAUGGGAAGGUGACGGCCGAUUCAGACAAAUCCAGCCGUAUGACCUUCACAUCCAACUGCUCCGUCAGCCUCCGCAACCUCAGGGUGCGGGACGCUGGAUCCUACGUCUGUCUGAGGAACGACCAGCCUGUCACUGACGUUUACCUCUCCCUCCUCACAAUCUCGUCUUUCUCCACCUUCACCGACCUCCAGCCUGGAGGAAUCCUCACCCUGACCUGCAUCUUCUUCACUUAUUAUGAUGCAGGGAGCUGCAAGUCAUACUCAAAGAGCGUGUUCGGCCUGAGCUGGGUGGAUGAGGAUGGGAGAAAGCUGCCCAACAACAGCAGGUACAGCCUGACCAGCCACACUCGCUGCAACAUCACGCUGGUGACAAAACUCCAGAAGGAAGACGACAACAGGAGGUGGAGAUGUCUGGUGAACACCACAGAGAGCAGCAGAGCCGUGUUUCUGGACUUCAGGUCUGCCUUUUUGUUCCAAAAUAAUGAUGACGACAGCCUGAAUCCUUCGGUCACGGCGAUGUGUCAGGUGAAGCUGCCCAUCAGCCGCAUCGUGCUCUGUGUGGCCCUCCCGAUCAUGGUGACCAUAGUGGCAUUCUUCACCUGGAAGUCGGACCGCGAGAGGGCCAAAGCAUCAGCAGAAUCCUUCAUGCUCCACGAGAUCAACUGAGCGUCCAUGACUGCAGGAUUUUUGUACUAUUUUCACUUCU